AUGGGUUUCUGGAAGCCUGGACCGGUCCAGCGGGCUGCUUUGGAAUCAUUCACGCGGGUUUUCUCUACGGAGGAGAAGAGAAGCGGCGUAUGGAAGAUCUACCAGAGUUCGAUUCUCGACUUCGUAGAUGAUGUCAUUCUCCAACAGACCCCUCAGACGUUGAGCGAUGAGAGAACGGUGAAGCCUGAUGAUGCUGAGGCGAAGUAUGCUCGUGUUGUGGCUACUGCACUGCUGCUGUUCAAUCGCAUAAUAGGAACCUCUACGCAUCAAGAUCUUGAAAAGGAUCUUCCCACGGUUGAGACUAUUCUUAACAGUAAAUCGCUGUGGACCCUCUCUUAUCAUGAAGAUUCUUUUGUCCGCAAAUCCCUUUAUAUCCUUCUUCGAUCAGCAGUCGCCAAGGAACCCGAAGAGCUUGAAUGGAAGCUCAUCAGUGGCGCCUUGAUUGGCAAGUGUUUACACGCUUCGCAGCUAGGCUCUUCUGCAGAACUGUCCGAAACCCUCCUUCAAGUGACAUCGGCAAGGCCGCAGCUAUGGACGGAGGACUAUUCGGGAAAGACAUCUUCGUCCAAGAGACUAUUGCAGUACAUCCAGAAAGGCUCUCAAGGAGGUACCAGUUCUUUCUGGCCCAACCUCUACCAGUUAUUGCAGAUCAUUCCAGUGCAAACAUUGGCAAACCUCGAUCCAGAAAAAUCCGGCAAAAAUGGUAUUACGUUGUCGGCCGCAACGAGUUUGAUGGGAUCUUUCCAAGAUGGACUGAACUCAAGAGAUGAGCCUCGACAGAAUCGAGCAGUUGCUUGGAAAGCCUACAUUGACACAGGAAUGUGGCUUGUCAGCCUGCUACCUGCGGAUGUUGGAGUGCAGCUUUUCCGUGAAAGGCUUUCGCCUAUAGUGGCCCAAUACGUCAAGCCCGAGCAAGACCAGCCGCAAUGGACUUUACCACCUGCGUCGGCUGAAACUAUUUGUACUGAUUACCUUGCUACUUUGGCAAUACACAACCACGGAAUUGAGCUCGAGAAUGUAUGGAAGCAGUUGUCGAGUGACAUGUUAGAGGCGGUCAAACUGUCUUCUCCUGAGCAAUCAAAGGACUUCAGUUCAUCGCAAGGUGCAGUUUCUGCGCGUGCUGAACGUCUUUUCUCUUUGGAAGCUUCUGUGAUUUCACAGUUGGCUGAAACAGAGGCUGAGCCGCGUUUAUUAACGACGCUGGGGAACGUCAACUUGCCCCUGCUAGAUGACUGCCUACAGGUGUUGCAAGCUCGGAAUGGCAAGCCAUACGGAGCAGCGGCAGUCGUGGAGAGUAUGGUUCACAGAGUUGCGCAGAUUGUGCAGCCCUCUAAGACACUGUUGGAUUUUGUCCAGAAGGAUGCCUCAGAGCUUCUGUCUUCGCCAUCAGCCGAUCGCAUUAUCUCCAUAAUUUUGGCAUGCCGAUCAUGGGAUGGAUAUGGCUCGAGCUUUGAAAAGAUCGUUGACAGAGUCGCGCAGUCCGAGCCAGAAUCAUCGAAUGCCCAUGCUGUUCAGAAGCUCCUCUCGACCCUUAAUUUCCACGAAGUUGAUGAUAAGAGUGGCAUUGGAUCAUUGGUCGUACGAGCUCUGAAUAAAGCUUGCGCAGGCAGUAGUUUACACUGGGCUAUUGUGGUUGCAGUGCUUCAAAACCCUACAUCUCACGGAGAACUGACGGACUCGAUAUUUUUGUCCAUAUUAGACGCCUUGUCUGAGGAAAACAAGGUCGUCGAUACUUUGCAUGGUCUUUCGCAAAUCGCUACCGCGGCGCCUGAUGCCCUCAAGGGAUUCCAGAGUGGCUCUCACGGCUCAAAGCUGGCAGGAAAACUUCUUUUCCUUGCCGAAUCUCCAUCAGAAGAAUCGGCCAGUCUUGCGGAAAACCUGAUCAGAGUGAUGAAGGAAUCGGCUGUCACCGCAAGUACUACUAAAUCGAGCGUUGAAAUCCUACAGCACAACUUUGAAACUGUCAAUAGAGAAUCUCUCUCGAUCGCUUCACUGCUGGAUAUCGCGGAAGACUUACUGAAUAAUGCACAGACCGACGAGGUUGGUCGCAUUGCAAAGGACAUUUUGCCUGGCCGUCAGUCUUGGGAGAAAGCUCUCCAGCCAUUUCUUGAACUGCCUCCUCGCCUAUCUACCUCGAUCACCAGCCCGCUUGGAGGUACGGUCUAUCUUGCUGAUCGCCAAACAUCCGACGGUCUUCGACAGCUUUACGAGGGUAUACCCCGGGAUUCUAGCCGGUGUUCGUCGGCGUUUCGGCUUGCCUACUUCACUGUCAGGCUGCUUUCUUCGUUUGACAUAACAAGGCACCUUGGGUCUGAAGAGCUCGAGACACUCGUUUAUAACUUACCUUUGGCAGUUCAGCUGAUUGACGACGAUCUGAGUAUCGAAAACAGCAAUGGAAUUACCGGAGCUGAGUUACCAGAACAACGGGAAGAUUACAUGGACCUCGUCAAUGAAGGCCGCAAAGUCAUCAGUGGAUGGACACAGUCUCAGGAGACCAAGUCUGCCACAGUGUUAUCGCUUUGGGAACGCAAGUUGGAAACGCUGAGUGGCUCUUCUCCGCUCGACUACAGGGUUGGUGAGGCAUUCGUGAAAGUCUUGCAGAGUGGAGAUAUGGCAGGUCUAUCCAAAUCCGCGGAAGAAAUAGCCAAAUUGUGCAAGGACGUGCGGACUGCAAAUGCUAUUCGGUCAGCAUCAUCGCUGCUUGUUUUCAAGCCUCAGGUCCUCUCAAACCCGGCCGGUACCCGUCUCUGCAACGAAUUGAUUGCAGAUUCGACAGGGUUGAAGCCCCAGGAUGAGAACCAAAACGGUCUCCGAAAACUGUCACUACUGAACCUCCUCCUGGCUGGCGAAGAAGCCGUCGCCUCAUCUAUCCCAACACAGCGUUUGAUGUUCUUUGUCAAGAACCUCAUUCAGUGUCUGCAAUCUGAGAGCUUAAACCUCAGUCUUCAGGCGGAAAUUCUGCAAAGCCUGAGCUUUGUUCUUCCGUGUAUCCAGGAGAUGUAUGGCUCUCACUGGGAAGAUUGCUUGGAGAUUCUCAACAACACAUGGCAGGAGAUUGGUGGUGGCGAUGACGCUCUACCGGUUCUUCUGGCCUCGUUCAAACUUUUUGCCCGGAUCAAGUCGAUUGUCGCCGAUGAAGAGAGCAAUGAUGAUGUGAAAGAUGCGUGGGCAGAGCGAAAAGCAGCCUUGUGCAAUGGGCUGACUUCGAAUCUAGCUAAUAGAAAAGACUCUUUGACCGCUUUCCAUCAACCUCGCGACGUCACCGUGGACUACUUGUGUCGGCUUGCUAGCACGAUCCCGAUUGAGAGCAUUGAAAAUGUCGGCAAGAUAUUCCCUCUAAUGACGGCUCGCAGCCGCAGCAUUCAACGGGCAGCCUAUACAGUCCUCCACCGCUAUAUUCCAAGCGUCCAGGAGCAAGUAUCUUUUGACGUGGCUUUGUCCAAAACCACCGUCGGGCUCCCAGAUGAACUUAUGUCGUUGCUACUCGAAGCACCCAGUAUGGACGCAGUCUCCCUUUCGUACGGGGAUGACAAGGUCUGGACAGACAUACGAUCUUACCUCCUGAGUUGGAAAGUGGUGUUCGAUCAUUUUGAUAAUGCAUCACUUGCGGUCCAGGAAAACUAUGCUUCCAGCGUCAAGGAGAACGAUGUCCUCAUCCCUCUUUUGGAGUUCAUGUUUGACUUUCUGCAAAAAUCCGACGGCAAGAUGGUGGAUGCUUCCAGAUUUGAUAUCCGGAGAUUUGAGCCCGAUGAGGCCGAAAGCCUCGAGAAGGAGAUCCAGUGGCUCCUGGUGAACCUGUACUUCUUAUGUCUGAAGCAUCUUGCCAACAUGACCAAGAGUUGGUGGAUCGACUCUAAGAAGCGCAUCAAGGGACCGGUGGAGACCUGGACCGAGAAAUAUGUCUCGCCUCUGAUUAUUAGUGACGCCCUGCAGGGUGUCAUGGAGUGGAUCGCGACUCAAGACCCUAACGAAGAGCGUGCUUUGACGGUGAAGAUCUCCGCAAAAACGGCCGAGAUAAUCGCCAGCAUACCCGUGGAUGAAGAAUCGCCGCCGGUAGCGAUAUCGCUCUCCUUGCCGCCGGCGUACCCUCUGCAGCCCGCGGUGGUCGUUGGCCGCAGCCGGGUCCUAGUUGAUGAAAAGAAGUGGAAGAGCUGGCUUCUGACCAUCCAGGGCGUGAUCAUGUUUGCGAAUGGCAACCUUGUGGAUGGACUGUUGGCGUUCCGAAAGAACGUGCAGGGAGCUUUGAAGGGACAGAGCGAGUGCGCGAUUUGCUACUCGGUCAUUUCGACGGACAUGCAGACGCCGAACAAACGAUGCGCUACAUGCAAGAACACGUUCCAUUCGAUCCCAAACCUCAACACGCUUCGUCGCGGCGGUGGUCGUGGUCGCUUUCGUGGUCGUGGCGCAUCGAGCACAGGGAACUCCGGUCCUAGCUAUGGCGGAAGCAAAGACCGGGUGGUGCAGGGCACCGACAAUGACGCCAGCGUCUCGCGGCUAAGUGCUGAACCUACGUGCGCACCACCGCAAUCGACCACCUCGUCCACCAAUUCCUCUCGCACGACCCGCAACACAAGAAACAGAUUAUCUCAUUGGGCGCGGGCACAGACACCCCGCGUGUUCCGACUCCUCUCAUCCGACGCCCGUCCCAAUCUGAUCUAUCAUGAGAUCGACUUUGCCAUCAACACCGCAGCCAAGGUAAGGUUCAUCCGCGCGACGCCGCGCCUGCAACAAGCGCUGGGCACCAUUGGCCCCGGCGACCACGACGUCACGAUCUCCGACGCGGGGGAUGCGCUGUACUCGACGAACUAUCACCUCCACCCCCUUGAUCUGCGAUCAUUGCGCCGGCCGACGCCGGCGUCCACGCAGGAGACGUGCCACCUGCGGGGCGUGGACCCCUCGCUCCCGACGCUGCUGAUAUCCGAGUGCUGCUUGGUGUAUCUCUCUCCCAGCGAAGCGGCGGAGGUGGUGGGCUAUUUCACUGAGGGGGUGUUUGGGCGCGGUGGACACUCACCUGGUGAGGGGGUGCCGCUGGGCUUAAUUCUGUAUGAGCCAAUUCGGCCGGAUGAUGCGUUUGGGCGCACGAUGGUGUCGAAUCUGGCGACGCGGGGGAUCCAGCUGCAGACGCUGAAUAAGUAUGGGUCGCUGGAGGCGCAGCGACGGCGGCUCCGCGAGCAGGGGUUUGAUAGUGGUCAGGCGGCGGCGGAUGUGGAUUUCAUUUGGGACCGGUGGGUGAGUGAGACGGAAAAGGAGCGGGUCGCGGGGCUGGAGAUGCUGGACGAGAUGGAGGAAUGGCAAUUGCUGGCGCAACAUUACUGUGUAGCGUGGGGAUGGCGUCAGGGCGAGGCAGGAGCCUUCGAUGGAUGGAGGGGAAUUGAAGGACAGGCAUGA